AUGAUGACGACAACUCUUGAAUCUUUACCAAACGAACUUUGGUUAUUGUUUAUGCGUUUUCUUGCGCCCAUCGAUUUAUAUCGAGCACUAGCAGGUCUCAAUUAUCGUAUUAAUUAUUUACUUACUGCUGUGAUUCCUCAUCCAAUGCUUGAUACAUCUGAAUGUGCCGAUAAUCGUAUUUUUUUUUCUGAUUUCUAUCAACUACUCGAAGGCAAACAUUAUUGGUCAAAAUGUCUGCUAUCAGCUAUCGACACUAUCCAUCUUGGUGACACGCUUGCUGGCAAAAUACUCUGUAAUGAUUCCAAGUCUCCAGUUACAUUAUCUUCUAUGAAUACCUUGUUAUCAAAUCUAUUUCCUUCACUUUGUCGAUUAUAUAUAACAGAAGAGGUUAUUGAUCAAAUCAACAUACUACAAAUGGUUCUUCCAAUGAGAAAUUCACUUCGUCACCUUCACUUAACAUUUGGAGGCAGUUCAAACGAUUCGUUAUACACAAAGAUAAUUAAUAAAUUCAUUCAUCAUAAACUCUCAUUCUACAGCAUGAUAUUUGACAUCAAAAACGUAAGUUCAAACAAUCAUAAUCGAAAUAUAAAUAAGUGUCAAUGGCAAGAAUUAUAUUGGCCCAAUACUGUUCAUCUUUCUCUCUCCAUUCAACAAUCAAGUGACUUAUUUCUUCUUCAUCAUCGUGCAUUACCCGUUCUCGAUCAUCUUUGCGUCACUAUUUUCAAGCCAGUCGAAUGUUUUACGAAAGUUCUCGAAAAUGAUUUGCAACUGAAAAAUACAAUGAAUAUGAUGACACUUCGUCUUCGUUCAUUUCAACUAAGUUACGUAUCACUUGCCGAACUUUGUAUAUAUCUUUCAUCAAUAUAUAUGCCUUUACUUGAAAAAUUAACAUUAAUUGAUGUUUAUGAUAAUAUGUUAACAAUUAAUAAGUUUUAA